AGCCGAUUGGAGGGCGGCAGGGGAAAACAGAACUUUUGGAAGUUUAUAUCUGCGAGUGCGCUCCGCUUGGAGAGUGAGGCGAGCGUCGCAAACGCGCGACGGCAGAAGGGAAAGGCACUGGUGGACGAGUAAAAUUCAGGACGACUCACUUAUUCUUAUUGUAUGGCACCUCUAUCGUCCAUGAUGAAUUCAUUUCAAAGGCCACUCUCACAAGAAGGAAAACUACAGGAACGCAAAAGUGUGGACAAAGAGGAGGCUCAACCCAACGAUAAAGCGACUGUCAAAGGAUGUAAAGGCAAGGCGCUGAGUCUUCCGUUCAGUGUGGAAUCUUUAAUAUCAGACAGAACAAGCACACGGACUUUAUACACGUCAUCUGAAUCUGGUAUUAUAUCUCCGACAUCCGGUGGAGAUGAGCGGCUCUCGCCCAUGGCUCUUUACGCAGACAGAAAGAUCCCAGUGGAGAGCGUCUCCAACCUAUCCGACUGCAAGAGAGGAGAUGUGGAAGAACUAAAUGACAAGGGACAGUCCGGCUGGUUUCAGACACCCUCGUACACUUCUCCGCCAAGGCACUCAAGUCCACCUCCAUGUCCCCUCAGAAAGCAUAAGAACAACCGAAAACCGCGGACCCCGUUCACCACCUCGCAGCUGCUCGCUUUGGAGAGAAAAUUUCGUCAAAAACAGUAUCUUUCUAUUGCAGAGAGAGCGGAAUUUUCCAACUCACUCAACCUCACGGAGACUCAAGUUAAAAUCUGGUUUCAAAACAGACGAGCGAAGGCAAAAAGACUACAAGAGGCCGAACUUGAGAAACUCAAACUUGCAACCAAGCCAUUAUUACCUGCGUUCGCCUUUCCGUUCCCACUCGGAACACACGUUGGAUCUCCACCCCUCUACGGACCGUCCAGUUCCUUUCCUAGACCUGCGUUACCAGUCCCAGGACUUUUCGGAGGGCCAGUAACCUACGGAAUGUAUUAUUUGUCUUAACCUAGUGAGCACGUCCUUCAAGUCACCGUCUAUAGCUGCUGCUGCAGUUCUGCCAGUCACAAGACGAGCGAAGGGAUAGCAAAUAAGUUUUCUUUAAAGAACUCUGCACCAAUUUAAAAGAAAUGAUUCUUGUGAUUUAUUCAUAAAGUGAGAGUCCCCAAAUUAGCUUUAAAAGUGCAAUGAAUCUUCCCUGAAUAUUGAAGGCUUUAUAAGUAUACAGAUAACACGAUAUGUGGCUAAUUGUCUUAGUGUCAGAGAAAAUAAUUUCCAAGAGAUUAUUUCUUCUGAGGGCACAGCCAAACUGGCAAGUGUCUAGAUCAGCAUCACUUGCUGAUGCGUGAUGUACGAGAAACACCUAAUGUGCUCUGAAAGGUAUGUAGGAUGCGCCAGUUCCAACAAAGCUCUUAGAUUCAAGAAAUUACCUUAGAAUUAUUACUAAGGGUUUUCUAACUUAAAGAGCUUGUUGCGACUGUCAGCAGAAUUUUACAGUAAAAAUAAAAAACUGAUUUCAGUUCAACUAUGUCUUAUGACAUUGCUACUUUCCAAUACUUGGCUAUAGGCUGCCAAAUUCAGGCCUAAAUGGAUAGUGUGAGCCUUUUUUAAAUGAAUACGUAUAUUUUCACGCAAACCAAAUAUUUUGUAGCAUAUUACAAAGAUUGUACCCAGAUAACUAUGAUUUGCUAAAUGUACACUGCCAAUAGGUCCGCUAUACCUCUACGUCUUUUUUUUCUUUCAUUAAUUUGACAGGCUGCCCGGUUUUAGGUUGAAAUACGUGGUUUGUUAUUCUGUUGGUCUUUAUUGAAGAGGAACUAGAUGCAGACAAAACCAGCAUCGUCCAUUAUACCAUAAUUUUACUUAACUUUUCUUCCCAAACGUUUUUACAUGCUGUUGCAUCCAGUGGAUUUUUUGGCCUGUUUAUUGAUUUUUUCGCCUGUUUAGACAUAAUCCCUUCAGUAGAGUACAUGUAUGCUAGUUUGAAAGAUUAAUGUCUAGAUUUUUAUUAUUGUAAAUACACGUAUAUAUUACAGAUUUUCCAUUCCCUUUUUUGAAUAAAUUACCAGUUGGAUUGUUGAUAUUUAUACACUGUGUUUACAUUUAUCUUCUGUAAAUUAUUGUAUAUUUUAUGUAUAUACAAAUUAGAAAAAUAAUCUUUUCAUUAAAAAAUAAAUCUCA